GAAAGCGAGGCAAAAAGAUAUUUUGUUUUCUGCUUUCUAUCAGCUGUCACACGCAUCUCUCUCUAUUUUCUAGGGUUUCUGCUCUGCUUAAUUUCUGGUUUAUCUUCUGCGCUUUUAUUGCUUUGGUGUGCUUCUCAGCUCGUCGGAUAAUUGCUGAAGUAGAUUGUUAGUUGAACUUUUUUUCUUAAUUAUUACUUUUUUUUUUCUGGCGGGGAAUUCAUUACUGUUUGGCUGCUGGGAAAGUGAAGAUGAAUUAUGGAUGGAGGUGGCAGUUUUUAUAUUGCAGUUCUUCUGUUUCCGUUUUGAUAGAUGGAGAGAAUUCGUGCUGGGGGCAGGUUCGAGCAGGGCAAUCAAGUAUGUGAUAGAAUGAAGUUAGUCUGGAGAGGAUGGAAGAAGUGAGCGAGGAAAUGAUGCUAUUGGACGCAACAGAGGAUGUGCACGUCCAAAAUAAGGUUAGGCAAGAUGCUCAGGAGGGUGAUUAUAUGCUGAAACCUGAAAAUGGCAACAUGGUUGAAUCACAAGAAAUGCUUAUACCUAUUGACGGUGGCUAUUCACAGGAUUAUCCUCAUGAAUUUACUGACAUUUUAGAGGGUAAGAAUCUGAAUAGGUGUAUAAGCAAUGUGAAAGUAUCCGAUCAACCGGAGUGCAGUCCUCACUGUAUGGAUGAUGCUGGUGUGAUGGUCGAAGAGCUAACAUUGAGAAAUCACAAUGGUUCCAAUUUAGCAAUUAUUGGUACAUCAAACAAUAGAGCGCGGCUGCUUUCUAGGCAUAGUCAGUGGCAACAUCUUUACCAGCUGGCAAGUGGUUCAGGAAGUGGGAGUUCACGUAUUGAUACUUCUUACAAGAACAAUGGUCAGGCAGUAUCCACUGGCUUGGAUAAUGGUGGGUACACAUCUUUUCCUGAGGGUUUUGCUGGAAAAGUCAGUCAUAAUGAUUGUGGAGAAGAAUUGGUAGAAAUGAAGGCUAAUGACAAUAAGGGUGGUGAUACUCAUGGCAGCAUUCGGACCAAGAUUCUAUCAAAAUCAGGCUUUCCUGAAUUUUUUGUUAAAAAUACCUUGAAAGGCAAGGGUAUCAUUCAUAGAGGUGUACCACUGGAGGGCCUUAAUGUUGAACAUAGAAACCCUAAGAAUGUGAGGAAUGCUGGGGGUAUUACAUUGGCAUCUGACUCAUCAUUACAGCAUGAGGUUAAAACUGUCAUGCCCCCUUUGUAUAAGAAAUCUGAGCGUCAACUUCGGGGUUCUGCUUUAGAUGGGAUUAGUCUGAGAGAAUGGCUUAAAGUUCCCCACCACAAAGUAAAUAAAAUUGAAUGCUUGUAUAUAUUUAGGCACAUAGUUGAACUGGUGGAUCAUUCUCAUGCUCGGGGGGUUUUGUUUCAUGACUUACGUCCAUCUUCUUUCAGGAUAUUGACGAAAAAUCAGGUGAGGUACUUUGGAUCUUUUAUUCAAGGGAAAAUCUCAGAAAGUCUUAUGGUUAAAGAUAGUCAGUAUUCAGACAGCCGUCUGAUUCGGAAAAGGCCAUUAGAGCAGGGAAACUUUUUGUCAUUUGGUGCAUCUUCGAAAAAGCAAAAAAAUGUCCAGAAUACGAGUCUUAUGGCCCGGCACUCUCAUUUUGCUUUUAAAUCUGGUGCCAUUCUUGAAACUGCAAAUACUAGGGACUGCAAGAAUGAACAUUUCGUAGAACAGGGGGUUUGGAGCAAGCCUGCUGGCCCUUGUGCGUAUAAUUCUGCUCAGACUCCAGUAAGUGACCAAUUGGAAGAGAAGUGGUAUGCAAGUCCAGAGGAACUUGAUGCGGGAUGCUGCUCAGCUAAAUCAAAUAUAUUCUCUCUUGGUGUUCUUCUUUUUGAGUUACUCGGGAAGUUUGAAUCAGAUGGCGCACUUGCUGCAGCAAUGUCAGAUUUGCGUGAGAGGAUUCUUCCUCCUAACUUUAUAGCAGAGAAUUUGAAGGAAGUUGGGUUCUGUCUUUGGCUAAUUCAUCCUGAACCCGCAUCUCGUCCGACGACAAGGGAAAUUUUAGAAUCAGAAAUAAUUAAUGGAAUGGCAAGUUUUACGGCAGCAGAAAUUUCAACAUCUAUUGACGAGGAAGAGGCUGAAUCGGAGUUAUUAUUGCAGUUUCUCGCAUCAUUGAAUGAACAGAAGCAGAAACAAGCCUCAAAGUUGGUGGAUAAUAUUCGGUAUCUAGAAUCAGAUAUUGAAGAAGUCAAUAAAAGACGCAGUUCAGCCAAACCCUUGGAUAAAUCUGGCUUGUGUAAUACCCUGGAUCAAAGGGAUGAUUUGAUCUUUCGUGGAGGAUAUAUAAGUUCAGAUGUGCGCCCUCAGGUGACGAUAUCACAUAUUAAUGAAGAGAGAAUAGCAAAGAAUAUAAGUCAACUUGAAAGUGCUUAUUUUUCCAUGCGAUCAAAAGUCAAUCCUUCUGAGAAUGAUAGAGCAAUACGGACAGAUAAAGAUUUAUUGAGAACUCGUGAGAACUGCUAUCUAACACAAAAAGAUGAUGAGAGGAGUCAUGGUGAUCGUUUAGGUGUCUUUUUUGAUGGGUUUUGCAAGUAUUCUCGUUAUAGUAAGUUUGAAGUACGUGGGGUACUAAGAAAUGGCGAUUUCAACAGUUCCUCGAAUGUAAUCUGUUCCUUGAGUUUUGAUCGGGACGAGGACUAUUUUGCUGCUGCUGGAGUGUCAAAGAAAAUAAGGAUAUUUGAGUUUAAUUCACUCUUUAAUGAGUCAGUGGAUAUUCAUUAUCCUGCAGUUGAAAUGUUUAACAGAUCAAAGCUUAGCUGUAUUUGCUGGAAUAGCUACAUCAGGAACUAUCUGGCUUCAACUGAUUAUGAUGGUGCUGUUAAGUUAUGGGAUGCAACUGUAGGUCAAGAGGUUACUCAAUUCAAUGAACAUGAGAAGAGGGCAUGGUCUGUUGACUUUUCCCAAGUGCAUCCUACGAAAUUGGCCAGUGGAAGUGAUGAUUGUGCUGUAAAACUUUGGAGUAUUAAUGAGAAGAACUGUUUGAGCACUAUCAGGAACAUUGCAAAUGUCUGCUGCGUUCAGUUCUCUGCUCAUUCAACUCAUUUGCUGGCUUUUGGGUCUGCUGAUUACAGAACCUACUGCUUCGAUCUUCGGAAUACUAAAGCCCCCUGGUGUGUAUUGGGUGGCCAUGAGAAAGCUGUAAGCUAUGUGAAAUUCUUGGACUCGGAGACCCUUGUUUCUGCAUCCACCGACAACACGUUGAAGCUAUGGGAUCUCAAUAGAACCAAUCCUACCGGCUUGUCUACCAAUGCUUGCAGUUUAACUCUCAGUGGUCACACUAAUGAAAAGAACUUUGUGGGUUUAUCCGUUUCCAAUGGCUACAUUGCUUGUGGUUCAGAAACAAAUGAGGUAUAUGCUUACCAUAGGUCUCUGCCAAUGCCAAUGACUUCCUCUAAGUUUGGUUCUAUUGACCCGAUUUCUGGAAAAGAGACCGAGGACGACAAUGGACAGUUUGUUUCAAGCGUAUGCUGGAGAGGAAAAUCCGACAUGGUUGUGGCAGCCAAUUCGAGUGGGUGUAUAAAAGUACUCCAAAUGGUUUGAUGAGUGUGAAAACUGAUCCUCUGAGAUAACUCGACCAAUAUGGUCAUCUUCAAUCGCUUUACAGCUCGUGAAUUUGACAGAAUAUCUGAACUGAAGCCCAAUUCUGAGACUAAACAUAAAAAUGGUAACAGCACUUACAUUUUUCUUCUCAUAUUUCCAUUCUUCCACGCGUUCCCCUCUUCAGUUGAGCCCAUAUGAUUGAAAAGCUGCCUCAGAUUUUUUAGUGACUGUAUAUAUUAAAAAAAGAAAAGAAAUAUAUAUGUCUCUGAAGUCUCAAACACUGGUUCUAACUGAUAAUUUAUUCAAUUCUUUUCGUGAUUGUAAUUUUACCCAACAGCUAGUUAUAAAAGCUGCAUUAAGAAGCAGAAUGGUUGCCAUAUUGAGAUUGAACACUUGCUAUCUGGUUUGUGAUUUUCUCCUUAA